AUGUAUCAAAACAGUCCGGUUAUGAAAAAAGGAAAUUACUAUGAUACAAAUAAUCCGACGGGGGCAGUUAAAGUUUUUUGGUCACUUCACGCGGAAGAAAUGGAUGAAAAAUCUAACAACUACUGGAAAGAUUGCAGGGAGAAGAGAUCGCGGUCAACAAGGAAAUACAUUCGUGAAGUCCUUGUGUCACUUGUUGAAUAUCACUACAAAGGCUGCCCCUGUUCCGACUGGUACUAUCCGUACAUCCAAGCACCGCCUGCCUCGGAUUUUAAAAAUUACAAAUGGCCGGAUAGCCCGAUGACAUUUUUGGGAUCCGAGAAACUGGAAAUGAAGGAGCCAACAGGAAGGUUGUUUGCACACAAGGAGGUGUUUAAUUCCGGCAAAAUUUUGACUUCUAACAGCAUUGCAGGAACAAUAGGCAGAAAUGAUACACAGAGGUUUGACUGCAGCCAGGCGUUAGUUGUCAGAUUUGAAAACCCACAAAUUAACAAAAGAUUCGUCUUCCCUUUUGGACUGAGACUCGGUUUACCCAUUUUAACCGAGUAUGUUUUUUUAUGUGGGGCCAAUGUGGAACCCCUGGGCUACCAUGGUCUUUCGUGUCGAUUGGGCCCUGGUAGACGGGCUCGACACUCGGCCAUGAACGACUUUUUGGUCAGGUACAUUAAUCUUACCUCACAGGAGGCGGGUGCCGCUGCCUUAAGAGCCGCAGACUUUAAAAAUUCAAAAUAUGCGGCUCCUGCAGAAAGCAAAAUUUUUCAGCCAGUCUGCAUUGAGACCUUUGGUCCACCGAUGCUCAGACUCAGAGUUUUUUGA